AUGCGAUGGAGGAGCUUCGCACGCACUAUUGAUCAAAAGAACUCGAAGUCACGGAAAAAAGCUUUGCAGGCUCGGCUCAAGACGGAGCAGAGCUUGGCACAAAGCUCAAAAGUCUGGAGCCAAGACAUUCUGCCUAAUUGGAACAAGGUGCGGCACACGCGUAAGGUGGCCGACCUCUGGUGGGGCGGGCUGCCGCCGAGCGUGCGCGGCCGCGUCUGGAUGCUCGCGCUCGGCAACGACCUGAACGUCACGCCUCAGCUGUACCGCGUCUACCAUCAGGAGGCGCUCUCCAUUCUGGAGCUGGCGCAGGCCGGCUCCGGGCCGCGCACCAGCGCCGGCGACAAGGAGAGCUCCGUCGAGCUCAUCCGCCUGGAUGUGGCGCGUACCUUCCCCCAGCUGGGCCUCUUCCAGAAGGGCGGACCCUACCACGAGCUGUUGCACGAGCUGCUGGGCGCCUACGCCUGCUACCGGCCCGAUGUCGGCUACAUCCAGGGCAUGUCGUUCAUCGCAGCCGUGCUGCUGCUCAACCUGGACCCGCCGGACGCCUUCGUCGCCUUCGCCAACCUGCUCAACCGGCCCUUCCUCUUUCACUUCUUCCAGCUGGACCACGGCAUGAUGAAGGCCUACUACGCCACUUACACGGCGCUGCUGCGAGAGAACCUGCCGGAGCUGUGGCGACACAUGGAGGUAGAGGAGGUGACGCCGCAUCUCUACCUCGUUGACUGGCUGUACACGCUCUUCUCCAAGUCGCUGCCGCUGGACGUGGCCUGCCGCAUCUGGGACGUGUUCAUGCGGGACGGCGAGGCCUUCCUGGCGCGCGCCGCGCUCGGUAUUCUGCACCUGUACGAGGAGCAGUUGCGCGACAUGGAGUUCAUCAACCUGGCGCAGUUCCUGACCGGCCUUCCCGACGACCUGUGUCCGGACGCGCUCUUCAGGUCAAUCGGCAAGGUGCACACCCACAUCGGCAAGCAGUCCUUUCACGAACUGGUGGAGCUCAACCGACAGGCGUCGACCACUGAGUCGCCCUGAACCGAGACAUCGCGACCGAGACUUCAGAAGGGUGGAGACGAGGACGGAAACGGGUGUGGACUGGGAUAGGACAGAGACAGAGACAGAGACGGAGACGAACACGGGGACGGCGACGGUCGCCGGGACCGUGACUGACACGGAGACGGCGACGGACAAGGGGACGGAUACGGAGACGGAGACAGAGAC